UAAUGGAAUAUUCGAUUCAAACCCUUCUAAAUAUUGAUAACGAAGCUUGAACGACCUUGACUAUCUAUCUCGCUCUAUUUUCUUACUCCCUGGGCAAGUGAUAAAGCAUAUAAACAAAAACAAACCAAAAUAAUAAAAAGGAACAAAAAGUACUGGGCACCCCUGCCCAUGUGUCUGCCAAGUCAAAUUUUAAAAUGAGCAAGUUUGGAAUGAAAAAAAAAACAAAUUCAAGAUAAAAUAUUUCAGAAACCUAAAACGCCGGCUCUUGUGACGUCAUGUGGAUUGAUAAGAAGAAAAAAAAACAGAGAGCAAACAUAUUGCAAACAGCAAUACUGAUAAAAACGAAUCGGAUUCAGAAGCAACCAGAGAACAAUGCUGGUGAGAUAAGGAGGUAAAUAACCUGGCGAAAAAAAAAAUAACUUUAAGCCGGCUCCGUCUAGUAGAGACAAUAGAAAGAAAGGCAGAGAAGGGGGAUCAGGCCAUUGGAAGGAGGUGGCUCCGGGGUGCGGGUCACGACUUGGAGAAGGAGGAGGAGUUCUUGUAGGACCAGCACUGAUAAGGAUAUAAGGGCACCCUUGCCCGGGUGCGGGCAGUGGCUAUAGCUAUAGAGUUGUUUAUCAGGAACAGCAGUAGCGAAGCCCGGAAGAUGCAUUGCGGUUAAAAGAUAAAAUGUCCCAUGGUAGGCACGGUAUUAAGUCACGGGAUUACGGCUCAUCCCUAGUAAUAUGAGGUGUUUAUGAGUUCCCCACCCAGAUAAGACCACACCUACACUGAAAUAUCAGUCGCCAGGUUCAGUUCUGAUUAAGGAGACACAAAAGGCAGUAACUAUGUCGAAGAGCGAUGAAUUUACUUUCCGGCGUGCUCAGGUGGAUGAUAUUAAAGAUGUACUGGCAAUGAUACAGGAGCUGGCUGACUUUGAAAAAAUGAGCAACGGCCCCCAACUAACGGUGGAGGUUCUCAAACGUGAUGCCGGACUUACUGGGGAGCAGGAGGACUGUGAAGUUUAUGUCCUCAUUGACAAUGCCACCAAACAAGCCAUUGGGUAUUCUAUCUGUUAUAAGGCAUACUCCACCUGGCAGGGUCGCUACUUUUUUGUGGAGGACAUAUACGUCCGACCAGAGCACCGAAAACGCGGCGCUGGGAAACGUAUUUUCCUGGAGGUAUCUGCCCGAGCUGUGGCGCUGAAAUGUCCACGAUUGGAGUUCAACGUUCUGGAAUGGAAUCCCGCCCGCAAGUUUUACGAAAGCCUUGGGGCUGUGGACUUGACUGACAAGGAGGGCUGGCACUACUAUCGCGUUGAAGAGAAACAGCUGGCCAAGCUGGCCCAAGAUCUGGCCUCUUUCAAAGCUUGAUUUUGAUUUGGAUAUUGUAUUUUAAAGGUUGACAAUAUUUGAUAAAUAAUACUUGACCCCAGGGCAUAUAUUUAAAUAAUAUACACUUGAA